AUGCAGAACAUUGAUCCUCUGGAGAUCGCCAACAUCCUCGCCACGGAGCUGUGGUGCCAGCAGUUGGCAAACCUCGAAGGCCUCCAAUCGGGGGUGCCGACUCGCACCACGGCGACCAUCACGCCUACGCAGUUGCGGAACUUCGAGCAAACAUACAUCGAGCUGACCAACUGUCGCAGUGAGCAGACCACUCACGCCGGAUUCGUACCACCUUCAGUCACGCACGCCAACAACUACGGCAUCCUGAAUUCGGUGGGGUAUUGUGAUUCGGGCCCGACGACGGCGCUGCACGUGUCGCCGGGCCCACUCUCCGCCAGCGGCGACAGUAGUAGCAGCCCUGGCCUGCCCACGCCUAAGCGACGCAACAUGGGCGGUAGAAGACCUACCAAGGCACCGCAGGACAUUACACCGGAGGAAGAAGAGCGAAGAAAAGUCCGCCGGGAACGCAACAAGAUGGCUGCCGCUCGUUGUCGUAAACGCAGACUCGACCACACCAAUGAGCUACAGGACGAAACUGAUAAACUAGAAGAAAAGAAACAUGCUCUUCAGGAGGAACUUCGUAAACUAAACGCCUCACGAGAGCAACUAGAAACUAUCCUUCAGGCUCAUCUUCUUUCUUGUCCCUUGAGUAAGAGGUCCGUCAGCCCUCCUGACGUCAAGCCCUUCCAAGACCCGUACAGCGGUUACCCCGACAUACCUGAGGAUGGUGUUCGUGUCAAAGUUGAGGUUGUUGAACCGCCUGUCGACCCGGUACUAGGGAUGAAUAUGUACACAUCGCCGCACAAUAAUAAGAAAAUAAUGCUGUCUGCGGCGAACCUUGCCGUGGUGACGAGCGCGUCGCAGUUGUCGUUGGAUACUCCACCGGCGAUAUCGCGCCCUAACAGGCCCAACUCCCUUCAAGUACCACUGACUCUCACUCCCGCUCAGAUGCACAACAAUAAAGUUUUGGGCAACAACAAAAUAGCAGGCGUCGAGAUAAGCACGCCGAGCAACGGCAUACCGUUCAACUUCGACAGCCUGAUGGAGGGCGGCACGGGCCUGACGCCCGUGCACCCGCACCCGCACCCCUGCGCGCACCAGACGCGCGCCGCGCCCGACGUCGCCUCGCCCGACGCGCACUCCAGCCUCGUGUCGCUCUGA